AUGCAUGACGCGGGGGACCCAAGCCGCAGCUCUGCCACCAGCAACGGCCUGUCACUUGCAGCUCCCCAACAACAGCAAUUACCUGCACCUGCGUCUGACGGUAUCAAUAUAAAUGGGUGGCAUGCAAACACGCAUACAAACAGGCCAAAUGUUGGCUUUGGAGAUCCUACGCUAAGCCCAGGCCAGCUUGAGAGGGACGGUAUUUCGUUAUUUAACUUGACCAAUGAGACAGACGCUUCGUCCCGAUGGCAGCGAGAAAUACCUUGGUUCUCACAGAAUGCAUUUCUCUCCCCCGAACUGCCUAUAUCGCCAGAGCUCGAAGACCCUAUGCAAGGAGGCGGCUUCACGGGAGCUUCUGAGGAUCUCAACUUCGAUCUCCUAGGCUCACUUGGGAUCUUGACUCAGAAUCGGAUUACUCCGGGCCAGGCCUCUCAACAGGGUGGAUUUUCAACCAUGCUGAAUACUCCUGUCUCAUCUGACGGUCACUACCCAAGAACAACAUCUAUUACAAAUCACCAGAGCAAUCAGAACUCUCCACUUGAUGUCGAGACCGAUACCGAACAAGGCAAGACUCUUCAUGGUGCCGUCAAAGCUGCGCGUGGUACGGAGUUGCCAAAUACGGCUGCCCCACGUCAGCCAUAUGGCAUCAGUCGAAAUCUACAGUCAUGUCCUUUUCACAGACUCCACAAAGACGAUGAUCUCAUUAAAAUGGUCAGCAACUACCCCAGUGUCAUGUUACAACCUGGAGUAUAUCCACCAUUUGUACAUCACAAGCUUUACCGAUGUUCUGCCGGGGAUGUCGCAGAGCCGCUUGCUAAAGCGUUCUGCUGUGUCGGGGCUUUCUACGCAUCUGUUCCUGUCAGUGAGACAUUUGUUUACUCGCUUAUAAACGAAGAGACCAACAAGCUUGUCAAAGGAUUUCAUCAAUUACCCGGUUCUGAUGCUGACAUGCUUGCGGUGGUCCACGCCAUGUGUAUCUAUCAGAUCUUAGGCUUCUUUGUGAGCGUAAAUCCAGAACAGACGCGCGCAGCUGAGUCACAGCAGAUGUUCUUCCUCAAGAUGACCAGACGUCUCGCCAAACAAUAUCUUCAAACCUCAACAGCUGAGGACAGUGAAGAGAGCAACUGGCGCAAAUGGCUCAUGGACGAGACAAUACGAAGAACUGUUUUCCUUGUCAAUGCCAUAAAUACCCUUUCCUGUCGUGUUCAGAAGCAGGAUCCAAACUACUUUGAGCCUCUGGACAACGGCCUCAUUCACAACUUGACUCUCCCAGCACCUGAGGCUGUCUGGAAAGCCUCGUCAGCAGAGGAAUGGACUCUCGCCAGGUCUCAACUUACCGCUGACGACUUUGCACGGACAAAGGUUAGUGUCCGCCGGGCUGUUGAUCAGAUAAAGAGUAUUGGAAGGUCUGGAGAUCGAGGCACUCUUGUUAGCCCGCUCCAAUUUGAUAUGUUUGAUGACUUCACAAAGCUAGUCAUUGCUACAGCAGAUGUCCAGUGA